AUGGACAUCUCCACAGCUAGCUGCGUUUGGUACGAAUCCAAAUGCCUCCUUUGUUCAAUGGUCUUUCCCAAUUUACGAGCGCUCAGAGGCCACGCCAAAGACCACACGCAGACGAGUCCACCUUACAGGUGUCACAUAUGCCCCUUCUUCAGCAACAAUAAGAUCGCUUUGCAGCGUCACAAUCGAACCCAUAAAGGAGAUCAGCCGUAUAAGUGUGGACUUUGCAACGAUUUAUUCUCCUCAAAAUACAACCGUAAGAGGCACUUGCUCAAAAUUCACGCAAUCACCAGCGAAGAGCAAGUGCUCUCAUUGCUCUUUGAAAACCAACAAACACCUGAUUGUGAGGAAAAUUGGACUCCGGCAGCAGCAGAAGCAACUGCGGAGAAGGACCAAGAAGAAGUCAUGCAGCACUUCUCCGCCAAACUUUCCAUAAUAGCACUGGCAUCCCUAAGCAUUGGUGUCCCUCCUAUUUGGAACGCGGAACCAUUUCUUAAGAAGUACCAGUUGUUGGCUUCUGGAGCUGAUUUGGCCACAAACGAAGACUCUCCUUUGGAUCUAACAGUGAAGAGCAGGGAUGAAAAAACAGUCACUCGUAAUGAGUCUACAACUUAUUCUGAGGAAGAUCAUGAAGAUUGCAAUGGUUCGGCUGCAUUUUUCGUCGAAACCAUCUAUAACUCACCAGAGGAGGAAGGUGAAAAAUUCAAGAGAGCUAAAACGAACGAAAGCGCUUACGCAAGAGCUCCCAACAGAGUAGACUGCCCCGUGUGCAAAGCCACAUUUCCAUGGUCCAGUUCACUGAAAAGGCACAUGCUGGUUCACACAGGAGAGAAACCGUUCCGUUGCCAUGAAAACGUGAAAUCCAGCCCCAAAGACUCUUUAUUCAAGUGCGAUAUUUGUUCCAAGAAGUCCAAACUACAGUUCAGGGAGGAUUAG